AUGGUUUUCGUGCAGGUGGAGUUGAAACAUACUGGACAAGUGCAAGACUUGAUUGGCUUCUUGUUAGCACGAUCGUACAUCAACUUCAGGGUUACUGAUCAAGAUUUGUUUUUAGCAGCCCCUCCUCCCCCGCUGAAUGUAUCGUUUCCUCCUCCGUACAAAACAUCACCAAAACCUACAAUUGAAUCGAUUCAUGGAGAGUGUCCUACUUUACCGGAAACUGCACCCGACUUCUCAAUGACCCCUGUGACCUCCUCAUUUCAAGAAGAUCGGAAACCGAUUGCCGUGGAGAUUAUUGACGAUGAUGAGAACGACUUGUCCAUCGAAAACCCUGAGCCAGACGAGAAACCGGGGGAGAUUUUCAGCAACGAAGGAGGAAAUAUUACAAGAAAGAGGAAGUGGACGAGUGCGAAUGAGUUGGCCUUAUUCGGAAGCAUGAAACAGCUACACCUUAAUAUUACAAUUCUGAAAAGAAGAAACGUUCUGACGAAUAACACGCUAUGUACGGUAUGUGAGAAACAAGUUCCAACAACCCCUAGAUGUUUCGCACUUCAUGCUGGCACUAAACAUAUGGACCUGCGCUCCUAUCGAUGUGCGAUCUGUCAGUACGGAGCUCCGAUCAAAGGUAAUGUAAUCAAACACAUCAAACAUCACACUAAAACGGAUGUUAGUUUGGAUCAGUUCAUCGAUGUUGGCCUGGAUCAGUUCAUCGAAUCAAAUCUCAUCACCAUACCGUAUGUUUACAGUAUUAUUUUGUUGUUUAUCAUUGGUGGGAUGAGUUCGGGAAAAGUUUCGGGGCGAGGUAUGCCACUGGCUGAACCGACGGACUUGUUAGUAAUACCAGCCAAGAAAUUGUUUGCUGAUAUUAGUAAUAUGGUCAACUCACCUAGCUCAGUCGCUGUGAAAGAGCUGAAUCCAGAAAAAAACGAACUCGGAAAAAACGAUAUUGGAAAGAAGUUCAGUGCUCGUCAUUGUCCAGACGACUUUUGCUUCUCUUAUGAGGAGGCAAUGCAACAAGAAUGUGAUAGAUUAACGCAAUUACGAGGAAAAAUUGAAAAACCUGUUAUUCAGGAAAUGUGCAAUCGGAUUCAUCACAGUACUUAUUCGUUAGAUGAUCUUGUAGAAUCGAUAGAGAACUAUCUUGAGGAUUUUUAUGUCAGAGGCGAAAAUGUCGACUUUACCCCUGGAACUGACAGAACUGUACUUGCGAAGGUGACAGGAGUUGAAAAGAAAGGUGGAGCUGUGUUUUAUACAUUGCUGUAUGACGACAAAGAGAUCGGUCGAAUUAAUGGAAGGGAUCUGAAACGCCGCUAUCAAAUUACUGAGGACGAUAUUAGAUCGCUAAUACUAUUGUUAGGCUCACAACAACCAGGGAAGCCUUGGCAGAUUGAUGAAGAAUAUAAAAAGGAAUAUGGAGUUAAAGAUAAAUUGGCGCCAAUUUUCUGCUCAUUUCCGAAGUCUUCGAAUAAGACUCUCAACACUACUGGAAGAUCUGUGAAUUCGAAAGACGAUGACUCUGAUUCUGAUACACCCCUGGCCAACUUCCUCCCUCAACGGAGGAGUGGAUUAGCCUUACCUCCUAAUGCUUCAUCGAAACAAGUGGAUAAGCAGAGAAAGAAGCAAGAGAAGAAAGAGCUGAAGGAGAAGAAGGAACCCAAGGAGAGGAAAGAAAAAAAGAAAGCGGAACUGAAAGAAAAAGAACAGAAGGAGAAUAGUUCAGGGGAUCUUACAAAGUUCAUUUGCGCGGGAAGUGCUAAUGGUGAACACAAGCCAGAGAAAAACCCUGAAACACCUUUCCUCACUCCGCAGAAGCGUAGCGAAAAAAGAUUCAGUUCUGCUGUCAACAAAUUGCAGGAUGCCUGGCGGAAGAGAGACGAGCAGGCGUUCAUCGAUGCUGCAACACGGGCUGCGAAGGUCCUAUCAGGUGUUCAGAUCGAUAAAAUCCCUCAUGAAUGUCAUCGGUUCGCUGUUCGAAAGGCUUACGACAAGGUCAAGGACGCUGAAGCCUUGAAAAAGAUGAAGACGAAAGAACAGCGAGCAGCGUUCCGAGAAAAAAUACAUGAACAAAGGCAUCAGCUUCAGAAAAUAAUGUUGGCUAAAAUAAAGGCCUAUUUUAAUCAGGAAAUCGCUGAAGAAGACAUCGUCGUCAGCGAAGCGGCGUUGCCAUGCCCUGGUCGGCUUGUCUCGGUUCCAUCGGGCCAGUCAUUAGUGUUCACUGACUGCUUGGUUUUCACACAGUUCUUUUCCUCGUUGAAGAAGUUCAUCGAAGCCGAUCAUAAGAUCACAGCAAAACAACUUUUCGAUGCUGUUCAUGAGGGCAGGCCGGGUUACAUGAAAUACACGGCGAAACUGUUUGGCUCUCUCUUGAAGACGUUAUUACAAGAUCCGCAGUACGGGAAGUUGACCCAUUUCAAUGCACGUCUUGGUGAGUUCCCAAUUGACGAUAACACUGUGUCUGAACUCUGCCGAGCUCUUCUGAUUGGGAGUACGGGCUCAACAGACGAGCAAGUUCGCAGUGCGAACGACAAUACCGAGCUCUCAACCCAGAAUGGCGUCGAUAAUGACGAUAUGGAGAAUGCUAUGGAGAGCGGACGCAAUACUCCAAGUGAUGUUCACGAUAUGUCGCAGAUCGAUAUCGAUGUUUGCAAGACUUUCCUUGAUAGUUUUAAACCCGAUAAGGAGCUUUGGGAACUCUCCCCGGAGGAUCAGUUGGGCAUUCUUGGCUUAAUCAUGAAUCGUGUUCUCGAGCUUCGCUCUUUCAAGGAUUACAUCGGCCAAGAAGGACUUGGUGAUGCUGCACGGAGUUUGCGUGACAAGAUUACAAAGCUAAAUGAGCAGGUCAAUAAUUGGCAAGAGGAGCUCAAUGCUCUGCCCGUGUACGAGGAAGUGGCCGACCCUUCCAUGUUGUCUCGCAGUGAAACGCGUGAAAGAGCCGAGAACCAGAAACAGCGAGAAGUGCUUGAACGAAAAAUUGAGGAGAAUAAGGACAAAGUUGAGGAAUUCCUCGAAAAGCUCACGUUAGAAAGGCAGGAAAAAAAUCAGUCAAAACGAGUGGUUCCUAUUGGGCAGGAUCGACACUUCCGUCGGUAUUACUGGUUCCAUGGAAAAUCGGCUGAUGACGGUAUCUGGAUCCAAGAUCUUGGCGUAACUUCUUACGAAAAGUUUAUCCGCGCUUGUAUCAAAGCUGGUAAGCCAUUUGAAGAGGAACAAGAAGAAGAAGCUGAGGAAGAGGUCAAAAACGUGGAGCCUGCAGUCGAGUCUUCUCUGAAUGGUAACCAAACUGGAACUUCUGGUCCAGAAGCUGAAAUUGUCGUAGAUAAGAAGAAGUCUGGAGACGACUGGCCAGCUCUUGAACCGGAAAGCUACACAGAAACGUGGUACAGAGUGCCUGAUCCGACGGCAUUUGACAGCUUGUUGAGUUCAUUAAUCAAAGCUGGAGUCAGAGAAGGCAGAUUAUUAGCGUUCCUCAAAAAGAAUAAAGAUGCGAUAAUCAACAGCAUCGCUGGUGGAAGCGCAAGGCAGAGCAAAACGCCUGAACCUAGAGACAUCGAAGGCGAUGACGAAGAUUUGUUCACAGAGUCCUUGACUCUACUCCGAAAGUCCAUCGUCCAUCUAGCAUCGGACCUUAGAGACAGUUAUUUCACUAGUAUAGGAAGUGUUGAAGAUUUCGAAGCGGAAGUGCUGUGUUGUUCAACACUUGACGAAGUGAAAGAAAAGCUAAUGAUUCUUGCCGAUAGCAUAACACCGUCCGCCAUUGUUAAGCGGUUGGACUUCAAGGUUGCUUUGCAGACUGGUCAACACUCCUGUCUGAUUAUGGAUCGAUGGAAGCAACGGUUAGCAGAAUGUCGCAAUGCUUCCGGUGUUCAUCUUCUUCGAUGUUAUCUCGACUCUAGAAUCGACUGGAAGAAAAGCGUUGUUGAAAAGAGAUGUAACUCGUGCGGCAGUAGAAGGACCCCAGAAGCUAAAAUUGCAUGUGCUAAUUGUGCGGUCGUCGUACAUUACUACUGUACAAGACCACGAUUGGAAGAAAAGCCUGUUACGUGGCUGUGUCCAAUAUGUGAGAGGGCUGAAAUGAAAAAGAAGAAGGAGGAGUCUAUAUCGCAGAAAGCAAGUAGAGCAUCUCUGAAAGAAGUCGAUGGUGGAAAUUCAAGCGGUGAUGAGUCGAGCGCAGAUGAAAGUUGCGACUCGGAGAGUGACGAUGACGACUUCUUCACGAGCAAGCACUUCCGAAGAAGUACCAGGAAACGUCUUUUGGAAGACGUUUUUGAUGAUGAUGUGGAGGAUAAGAAAUCCCGUGCGAAACGUGCAAAAGUCAAUCCAGUCGCAGAGGAGUGCACCGACUUACUUGGUCGCGUAAAAGCGUACAACCGCCUUUAUCGAACUUUGCAAAACAUUCCGGCCGGUCGAGCAAGCAGACGAGCUGUAGCUUCAUCCAUCGAUGGCCUUGAAGAGUCUAUACCUGAGUAUACUUCGCUGGGUUCAUUUGCUGCAGAUUUGAACAACUUCUUCAAACAUGCUCGCUCAUAUUUGGAGGAGCACAAUGAGCGUAAACUUGAAGAGUUGGAAACGCUUCUGUUUGACCUGGAUCUUAAUUCAUUGACUAAAUCUCGUUAG